GCUGCAGAGCGCAGACACGCCGCGCUCCCCGCCGCGUGACGACACGCUGCACGCAGCAGCGGCUUCACUGCAGGCCACCGCGCGCUCGUGCUGCUGCUGCUGUUGUUGUUGUUCUUGUUGUUGUUAUUGUUCCGUGCGGUCUCCACGGUACCUUUUAGAACGCUUUCCUGCGUCGGCCGGUCGUUUCUGCGCAGCGCGUUUGUGAGAGAACAGCGCUGAAUGUGAUGGAUGCACUUUUUCCUGCGGUUUGCCUGAAAGACAGAACGCGUCGCUGAGGAAUGUAUCACUGAGCAGAAAGAAGACCGGGUUAUUCCAGGAUUCUAUUUCUGAAAAUAAAUAAACACACGCGAGGCUUUUUUUUUUCCAGUUCGGGAACUACACUGUUAGGACUGAUCUGUGAUUUGGAAGCCAAAGAAGAAAGAAACAAAAAAAAAGAAAGAAAGAAAGAAAGCGCCGAGCAGGAGGGGCAGAAGGAGGCUCAGCCAUGGAGGUCGCAGCGGCAGACCAGUCUCGGUGGAUGGCGCACCAUCAUGCUGUGCUCAACGGCCAGCACCCGGACUCUCACCACCACAGUCUCAGCCACAACUACAUGGAGCCCAUGGCGCCUCUGCUGCCCCAGGACGAAGUUGAUAUGUUUCUCAACCACUUGGACUCUCAGGGGAACCCAUACUACACAAACUCCCGGGCAAGGGUCACGUACAGCCAAGCACACGCUCGCCUCACGGGGAACCAGGUCUGCCGACCACACCUCAUCCACAGCCCGGGAAUCCCCUGGCUGGACCCCGGGAAGGCAGCCCUGUCCGCCGCGCACCACCACAACGCCUGGGCGGUCAGCCACUUCAGCAAGCCCGGCCUGCACCCCGCCGGCUCCGGCUACCCGUGCAGCAGCAGCACCGGCACGGCCCCGGUGUCCUCCCUCACCCCGGCGUCGCACUCCAGCCCGCACCUCUACAGCUUCCCCCCGACCCCUCCGAAGGACGUGUCCCCGGACCCGGGCCCCACCUCCCCGACCUCCACCUCCACCAGGAUGGACGAGAAGGAGUCCAUCAAGUACCAGGUGCCGCUGGCGGACGGCAUGAAGAUGGAGAGCUGCAGCCCGCUGCGCGGCGGCCUGGCCUCCAUGAACGGCCAGGCCGCGGCCACGCACCACCCCAUCCCCACCUACCCGGCCUACUCCCUGCCCACGCCGCACGAGUACAGCGGCAGCCUGUUCCACCCGGGCAGCCUGCUCGGAGGGUCCUCCUCCAGCUUCACGCCCAAAUGCAAGAGCAAAGCCAGGUCGAGCUCAGAACUAUAUGCAGAGGGCCGUGAGUGCGUGAACUGCGGUGCCACCUCCACCCCUCUGUGGCGGCGGGAUGGUACCGGCCACUACCUGUGCAACGCCUGCGGACUGUACCACAAGAUGAACGGCCAGAACCGACCGCUCAUAAAGCCCAAACGCAGACUGUCCGCCGCGCGACGCGCAGGCACCUGCUGUGCGAACUGCCAGACCACCACCACCACCCUGUGGAGGCGCAACGGGAACGGGGACCCGGUGUGCAACGCCUGCGGCCUGUACUUCAAACUGCACAAUGUCAACAGACCCUUGACCAUGAAGAAGGAAGGCAUCCAGACACGCAACCGCAAGAUGUCCAGCAAGUCCAAGAGGAACAAGCGGGUAGGGGACGGCUUCGACGAGCUCUCCAAAUGCAUGCAGGACAAGGCCUCUCCUUUCGGCUCGCCUGGCCUCACCAGCCACAUGACCCACAUGGGUCACCUGCCCCCCUUCAGCCACUCGGGACACAUGCUGCCUACUCCCACGCCCAUUCACCCGUCGUUCGGCCACCCCCACCACUCGAAUCGCUCGCCGGUCUGGGCCGAACCCCACUGAGGUCGCUGCGGACCCAGAAGCCCUUCGCCUGGAGGAGCCACGGCGUCGCCACAAACACUAAAUGGCCUCCGCGUCACGCCGGGAGCCGAGCAGACGAGCGCUGUGUACAGUGGUUGGAGGGGAGGAACUGUCAGUUGGACUUAUUGGCUGAACGUCGCGUCACUCCUGACUUCACUGAUGGGCCGCCGCGGAGAGCAGGACUCUAGUGGACUCUGUGAAGAGCUGAUGUGACGGGGGGUUUGUUAGCCUCCCCCCCCCGGGUGACCGGGGCCAGCACCAACGGUGUGAAUGGAGAUGCUUGUCAUUCUUUUUGCUUAUUUUUACUAAGUCACUUUGGUACCCACCUCUUCUUGACCCCGUAACAGGAAACUCACGAGAGGUCUUAAAAAGAAACGCUGUUUUCACCUCACCACCGUCGCAUUAUACACUGAGAUACACACACACACACACACACACACACACACACACACACACACACACACACACACACACACACACACACACACACACACACACACACCCCCUGUCCAUCCCCGGGCCGUUCUGGACAGGCAGACAGACAGACUCCUCGGUGCUGGGGGUCCUGAAGACGGGCUGAACUCAGACCAGCGACCAGAAACCUCUGAUUCAGUCCCUCAAACCUGCUUUGCUCCACAUGCUGGACCGUACUCCACCACAACCUGUGCUCACCUGUUUUUGAUAUCGGAGUUUUAUGAAAAA